CCUUACCGCUGUUCUCUCCCUCCCUCGAGCGCCUCCUCCUCUGUCCCUCUCAUCGCCAUUGUUGAAGAAGAGGAAGUAGAAGAAGAAGUAGAAGAAGGUGUUUCGAUUGAAUCAAGUAAGAGAUGCUUGUGUUGUUCGAAACCCCCGCGGGCUUUGCCCUAUUCAAAGUGUUAGAUGAGGGGAAGCUUGAUAAAGUUGAGGAUUUGUGGAAGGAAUUCUCAACAUCAGAAUCAGCUAAAAAGGUUGUCAAGUUGAAAGGCUUCUGUAAAUUUGAGAACACUUCUGAUGCUCUAUCAGCUGCAACCUUGUUGAUAGAUGGCAAGCCAAGCAAGGCGCUCCGCAAAUUUUUACGUGUUCACUGUGAUGGCGAAACAUUAGCUGUGGCUGAUUCCAAGCUUGGAAAUGCUAUUAAAGAAAAACUGAAAAUCGACUGUCUCCAUAACAGUACUGUCAUGGAGCUGAUGAGGGGACUAAGGAGUCAGCUAACGGAACUAAUAUCUGGGAUGGCUGUGCAGGACUUAGCUCCGAUGAGCUUGGGAUUAUCCCACAGUUUAUCUAGAUAUAAGCUGAAAUUUAGUGCAGAGAAGGUUGAUACAAUGAUUAUUCAAGCCAUUGGUUUGUUGGAUGACCUUGACAAAGAGCUCAAUACUUAUGCAAUGAGGGUUCGUGAAUGGUACGGUUGGCAUUUUCCCGAGCUUUCUAAAAUUGUACAGGACAAUAUACAGUAUGCAAAAGUAGUUAAGCUGAUGGGUAAUCGGGUAAAUGCAGAUAAUCUCGAUUUUUCUGAGAUAUUGCCAGAAGAAGUUGAAAAAGAGCUAAAGGCGGCAGCACAGCUAUCAAUGGGGACGGAAAUUAGUGAGAUUGACUUGGAAAAUAUUAAACAAUUGUGCGACCAAGUCUUAUCUCUCGCAGAAUAUAGAGCUCAGCUGUAUGAUUACCUUAAGAGCAGAAUGAAUACCAUUGCACCCAAUUUAACUGCUCUUGUUGGGGAACUUGUUGGAGCUCGACUUAUUGCACAUGGUGGUAGUUUGCUAAAUUUGGCAAAACAACCGGGGAGCACAAUUCAGAUUCUUGGUGCUGAAAAGGCGCUAUUCAGAGCUUUAAAGACAAAGCACGCAACACCGAAAUAUGGCCUUAUCUAUCAUGCAUCCCUAAUUGGUCAGGCUGCACCAAAGCAUAAGGGUAAGAUUUCUCGGUCUCUUGCUGCAAAGACUGCGCUUGCCAUUCGAUAUGAUGCCCUCCAUGAUGGUCAAGAUCAAGGUGAAGAAAAUCCAGACAACAGUCUGGGCCUUGAAAACCGAGCCAAGCUUGAGGCCCGUCUUAGGGUUCUCGAGGGUAGAGAACUGGGCCGUUCUGCUGGUUCCACAAAAGGCAAGCCUAAGAUAGAGGCUUACGACAAGGAUCGAAAGAAAGGCACUGGGGCAUUGAUUACUCCUGCAAAGACUUACAACCCAUCAGCUGAUUUAGUUCUUGGGCAACCCACCGAACCAACCGAUGAGAAACUCUCUAAAAAGAGAAAGCAUGAAGAGGCCGCAGAGGCUCCUUCUCAAGGAGAUCAGGAAGAAGAAAAGAGGAAGAAGAAGAAGAAAAAGAAGUCCGAGGCCGAGGCUGCGGACUUAGAAGAGAACAACCAGAUCCCCACAACCGAAGGAGGCCAACAGGAGAAACAGAAAAAGAAAAAGAAGAAAAAAGCUGAAGUUCAGGAAGAUGGAGAGGAACCCACCACAAAAGAAAAGAAGAAGAAGAAGAAGAGAAAAGAUUCCGAAGCAGCGGAGGAGGAUCCUAGCAGCCAAAUAAAUGAGAACGAAGCGGUUGAAGCAGGAACUAAGAAGAAGGACAAGAAGAAGAAAGAAAAGAAAGUCUAGGCGCAAUACUAUAAUGAGAGGAAUACACUACAAACGUGGCAAUUAUUUUCUCCAAGAUUCGGCGGCUUAUGAAUCAUACAAUUCGGAAUCAAGAUAGUUCUGUAAAAUUAAUCUCCCUCGCGCUCUCAUGUUUUGUUAACAUUGGAUUGAUAUCCUUUUUGAUGUUGGUUUAAAUUUGUCUUUCAUCCUAUGUACUUGAGAGGUGUCUCGAUCGGUAGUCAAAUCGGCUAAUGGUAGAACUCUGCUAGUAGGGAGCACAACAGAUACUGGCGACCAUGAUGAAUUUUGGUAUCCUGAUGAUCUAUAUUCCUGUGUUAUUUAAUUUUCAGAAUCUGUUCAAUGAUUAGAAUUUGACCAUUUGAAUUUUGUUU